AUGACCGACUCACCAAUCGUUCUUAUCACCGGCGGCAAUACCGGUAUCGGUUACGAAAGCGUCAAGGCUCUCUAUGCCUCGUCACACCCGCACACCAUCUUAAUGGGCAGUCGUUCUCUGGAGAAGGCCAAUGAAUCCAUUUCCAAGCUUAAAAACGAGGUCUCAGGGUCUAAGUCGGAGCUCGUACCUAUCCAAAUCGAUAUUGAAGACGAUGCAUCUAUUGAGAAAGCGUUCGGAGAGGUCGAGAGCAAGUAUGGACGGGUCGAUACUUUGGUCAACAAUGCCGGUGGAUCAUUCGACGGCAUCAUGCGCGAAGAUCCUGGCUCCAAGGGCAUCCGCGCAGCUUGGAAUAAAGCCUACUCUCUUAAUACGACCUCCACCCAUGUGAUGUCGCAUGUCUUUGCGCCCCUCUUGAUCGCCUCCCCUAACCCUAGGCUUAUCUUCGUUACCUCUGGUCUGUCUUCUCUAGAAAAUUGCUCCGGCAAUUCUGACUCCAAACUCCUCAACACGCCGCCGCCAAAGGGCUGGCCUAAGCCACCAUCCAUGGCUCAAACAGCAUACCGCUCUAGCAAGACUGCCCUGAAUAUGCUGAUGCUGCACUGGGCGAAAACUCUUAGCGUGGAUGGCGUCAAGGUAUUCGGCAUCAGCCCCGGGUUUUUGGCUACAGGACUGGGGGGCGCGGGGCCAGAAAUGAUGAAAAGAUGGGGUGCGGGCGAUCCAAGCAUCGGUGGUCGUUUUAUCAAGGAUGUUGUUGAAGGAAAGAGAGACGAUGAUAGCGGAAAAGUCAUUAACAAGGAUGGCGUGCAGUCUUGGCAGUUCGAUAUUGUGCGUUUUGGGGAAGGAGGACCAAGAACAGCCCGCAGUGAGUACGGUAUCUCUUUAACUACACGUUAUGACGUACGCGUUGAAGACAACCUUCAAUCCCAUGACUCAUGGCAACCUAUCCCUGAACUUUCAGUCUCUGAUGCCGAUGUAAGCGUCUUCUUCCUUGAGACGAACGACAUCGUUUACUCGACGCCUGUCGUCGAUCCGUGGUUUGCCGCCGAAGAGGGUCCCUUUAGCCGUUCCACGAGUUACGGGAAUAUCACCUACUACCAAAGUAAUCUGCCGGUGAAAGCGCUAGCGUACAAAAGCCCGUUUGCCAGUAUCGAAUGGGUUACAAGCGAUACAUGGCAGCUCCAGCGGCUUGCAUAUGAGGCUAUUGGCGCUGGGCAGUGGGAGGGCGCGUGCGACGACUAUCCGCGAACACGAAAAGGCGAUCUUCUGGCUGUAAUUGACAUCUCUGACGAGAAGCAUCCAAUACUCCGAGCUCCUGGAGAGAUCAGAAUUCCAAAAGAGGAGAAGCACACAGAGGGUCAGGGAGACGAGAAUAGGAAGUCAGAGGAGCAAAGGAACGACUCGGCCCAGGAGUCCCUGUUAAGUGUAGAGCUCCCACGCAUUUCCUUGGAGCUAUCGCAUCGUUUCACAGCUGGAGUAUUCUUCGCGUGGUAUCUCCAGCACUCUCUCCCUGCGACGCCACUGAACCCAAGGAGCCCGAGUGUCACGAUAUUAAACCGUGCUCAUACCACUGUGCCUUCACCGCUCGCUCUCCAAGAUCCACCAGCAUCGGAUUACUCUCUAUCGGUCAUCACGCCACCUGCCGUUACAAGGCAGUUGCUCAAAGAGGCGAAAGAGGCAGGCAUUCCCGCUGUGUGGCUGCAGCCUGGGAGCUUUGAUGCAGAGGUUCUGGAGUAUGCGCAAGCUAACUUUAAGGCGGCGAUUGGUGGGAAUGGCGGAAGGGGAGGAGAAGGAUGGUGUGUACUUGUUGAUGGAGAGGAAGGAUUAAGGAUAGCUGGACGAGAGGCGUCAAGACUUUAA